UUCAAGUUCUGAUUGCUCAACAAAUAACAUUCUGCAACCUGCCAUCUGUUUUCAACAUACGGAGCAAAUUACUCGGUUUUUCCCGUGGCAUAUGUUUUUAUUUUUAGAACAGUUAUUAUGAUAGAAAAAUUAGUGCGAAGCUCUUUCUUUGGGUUUUGAAUCAUUGUCGAAUACGUAUAUGAGUAUUACUGUUAUUUCGCAUUUCAGGUUUCAGGAAUUUUUGUUUGUUUUACGUAAUUGGAAUUCGUCAGUCUGUUGUAAAUCUGAAAGCCUUCCUUUCUAACUUUGUUUAUGGAAAAUGCAAAUUGUGCAGGCAAUUAUGAGAUUGUUUGAGAUCCAUUCACGGCGAUUUGAAACUAUCAUACAGCCAAGGAAUGUUGCGUUGGCUUAUUUCCGAUCGGAUUCCAUCAGUCCUGAUAUUGGCGAUCAUGAGACAGAUCAUCCAGAGAUUCGCAACAGCCCGAAGAAUUUCGAAUUCAUUUCAGCUUGCACUCCGGAAAUCAGCGAACAGAUUCUCAAAGAUAUGAUAGUUAUUGACGAUUUUUUAAGUGAAAGUGAAGAAAAAUCCCUGCUAGAGGAAGCAGAAUCCCAGAUUCAGCGGGUGCGAUACGAGAACGAAGAAAAUUGGGAUAAUGCGAUUAUUGGAUAUCGGGAAACCGAACGAAAAAACUGGAAUUCGGAGAAUAAAAAAAUUCUUAAGCGCGUACGUGAUCUGGCUUUUCCGCCUGGUGUUUCGCAGCUGGUGAAUGUCCAUAUUCUGGAUUUGGCCAAAGACGGAUAUAUUAAACCGCACGUGGAUUCCGUCCGGUUUUGCGGAGAUACAAUUGCUGGACUAUCACUGUUAUCAUCGUCGGUAAUGCGUCUUGUUCACGAGAGUCAGAAGGACCCGGUCAUCGAUAUUUUGUUAAAACGUCGAUCGCUGUAUAUUAUGAAGGGUAUCGCAAGAUACGAGUACACACACGAAAUUUUGAAAGGCAAUCAGUCGGUUUUCAAACGCGAAAUAGUGGAACGGGACCGCCGAAUAUCGCUGAUAUUUCGGAAUGAACCAGAUGAAGAGUAGUGCGCUCACUGGAACUGGAUACGAACUGCACUUUACUGCAGAGCAUUUCUUCUUCCUCAGUAAUAGUGCCUUUAUUUUGCUCCAUGUUGUGCAACUCCAAGGCAUUUUGGAAUGUGCAGAUGGGAUGGGAAUGCUAAUGGUGUAUGAUAUUCGGUGCGUCGGUUUUUGGCAUAAAAUUUACGCUCCAUUUCAAGAUUUGAAGUUUUAUUUGUUUUGUGGCUUUUCAGUAUACUUCCAUUAAUACGCAUCUGAAAUUCUUGGUGGCAUUUUUAUUGUUAUUUUGAAGAGUCUUCCUGCUGGACUGCCUUGAUGAGGGCAGCUUCCGCUGUUGAAAUGAAUGAAGCAAUGAGACCAUGGUAAUGAAACACGAGUAUUAAAUGUACGUG